AUGGACCCGAAAGAAAACUCAGGCAAGAAACCGAAGUCGAUCCCACCACUGCCAAGGGAUUCCAGAGGCUCACUUGACGUGUUCAAUCCAUCAACUUUCUCGACCCGACCCAAUAACCCGUCAUUUCGCUCGCAAUCCCCUUGGCAAAACUUGGGCGAGCCAGGUGGUAGCCACGAAGAAGCUGGCCGUUCUCAGCUAGCCUCCAAGUCGGGUCGGGUUGAAGAAAUAACAACAUGGAUGGCGCUCGAGGAACCACCGCUUGCUCCAUCUCCACCGCCAUCAUCACAACUUUUUCAUGAGACCACCGGCGAUAAUUACCGAAACCACGGCGGAGCCGCCAGUCCGAAGCCUUCGGAGGAAGCUGGAGAUGCUGCGAAGAGAGCUGCAGAAUGGGGGCUAGUUCUGAAAACCGAUCAUGAAACCGGAAAGCCACGCGGAGUGGUUGCUAGAAAUUCGGGUGGGGAUGACCCGAAUAUCAAACCGGAUACUCGUAGGGACUCGAAUACUUCCGUUCGGAGCUCGGAUGAAUUUUCGGAUAACGAAUUCAUCAAGGAGAGAGGAUUUCCUAGAGUAUCCCAAGACUUAAAGGAAGCAUUGUCAACGUUUCAACAGACAUUCGUUGUUUCGGAUGCUACCAAACCCGAUUACCCGAUUUUGUAUGCAAGUGCCGGAUUCUUCAGGAUGACCGGAUACACUUCUACUGAGGUGGUGGGCAGGAACUGUCGAUUUCUACAGGGAGCGGGAACGGAUCCGGAAGAUGUGGUGAAGAUUAGGGAAGCAUUGCAGGCAGGGAAAAAUUAUUGUGGGAGAUUGUUGAAUUACAAGAAAGAUGGGACUCCCUUUUGGAAUCUUCUUACGAUUGCACCCAUCAAGGAUGAGAAUGGAAGAGUCUUGAAGUUUAUUGGAAUGCAAGUGGAGGUAAGCAAGCAUACAGAAGGAGCCAAGGAAAAGACGAUGCGCCCCAAUGGACUGCCCGAGUCUUUGAUUCGAUACGAUGCUCGGCAAAAGGACAUGGCUGCUGGUUCAGUUACUGAACUUGUGGAAGCUGUUAGGAGACCUCGUUCACUUAGUGAAUCCGCAGGUAACCCUUUCAUGAGAAAAUCCGGUGGUGGGGAAGGAGUGGGAGCUAUCCCAAGGCGAAGCUCAGAAAACGUACCAAGGAACUCGAUGGAGCGAAUUAGCGAGGUGCCAGAAAAGAAACCCCGAAGAUCUCGCCGUCCUUCUUUCAUGCGGCUUAGGAGGAAAAGUCAGUCUGCUACUAACAGCUUUGACAAUAGUCUCCUGGUGGAUGCCGACGCCGACGAGGAUGAAAGGGACGACGCUGAGAGGCCCGACAGUGUCGAUGAUGAAGUUAGACAAAAGGAAAUGAGAAAGGGCAUUGAUCUUGCCACCACACUUGAACGUAUAGAGAAAAACUUUGUCAUUACCGAUCCACGUCUGCCUGAUAAUCCCAUUAUCUUUGCAUCUGAUAGCUUCUUGGAGCUGACAGAGUACAGUCGUGAAGAAAUCUUGGGCAGAAAUUGCAGGUUUCUCCAAGGCCCUGAAACCGAUCCAGCUACUGUGAGGAAGAUUCGGGAGGCCAUAGAUAACCAAACAGAAGUAACUGUUCAGCUCAUCAAUUACACAAAGAGUGGCAAGAAGUUCUGGAACUUGUUCCAUCUGCAGUCCAUGCGUGACCAGAAGGGUGAAGUCCAGUAUUUCAUUGGAGUGCAGCUCGAUGGCAGUGCCGAAGUUGAUCCACUUCGUAAUCGUAUUCCAGAUACUGUUGCACAAGAGAGUGAACAACUGGUGAAACAAACGGCAGAAAAUGUCGAUGAAGCAGCGAGGGAACUUCCAGACGCCAAUAUGACUCCGGAAGAUCUAUGGAAAAAUCAUUCCAAGGUGGUUCACCCUAAGCCUCACAGAAAGGAUAGUCCCUCUUGGAAAGCUAUUCAAAAGAUUCUUGACAGUGGAGAAAGGAUAGGUCUAAAACACUUUAGGCCAGUAAAGUCGUUGGGAUCAGGUGACACGGGCAGUGUGCAUUUGGUGGAACUCUGUGGGACUGGCAUGUACUUCGCAAUGAAAGCUAUGGACAAAGGCGUUAUGCUCAACCGGAACAAGGUGCAUAGAGCUUGUGCAGAAAGAGAAAUUCUUAACAUGUUGGACCAUCCUUUCCUUCCAGCACUGUAUGCAUCAUUUCAGACCAAAACACAUGUUUGUCUGAUUACAGAUUACUUUCCUGGUGGAGAGCUUUUCAUGCUUUUGGACAGGCAACCAAUGAAGGUCGUGAAGGAAGAAGCAGUGAGAUUUUAUGCUGCGCAAGUUGUCGUUGCAUUGGAGUACCUUCACUUCCAAGGGAUCAUAUACAGAGAUUUAAAGCCAGAAAAUGUUCUUCUCCAGGACAACGGACAUGUUGCCUUGACCGAUUUUGAUUUAUCUUGCUUGACGUCUUGCAAACCCCAGCUGCUGAUUCCAGCAACAGAUGAAAAGAGAAAUCAGCAGAGACCAAUAUUUAUGGCAGAACCUAUGCGUGCAUCGAAUUCUUUUGUGGGAACUGAAGAGUAUAUUGCCCCGGAAAUUAUCAGUGGUGCGGGCCACACUAGUGCAGUGGAUUGGUGGGCACUAGGCAUUCUUCUGUAUGAAAUGUUGUAUGGUUAUACACCAUUCAGGGGAAAGACAAGACAGAGGACUUUUGCCAAUGUUCUUCAGAAACAUCUUAAAUUCCCAAGAAGCAUACAAGUGAGUGUCCAUGCAAAGCAGCUAAUGUAUCGAUUACUAGAUAGAGAUCCGAGAAGCAGAUUAGGUGCGAGUGAAAUCAAAAGACACCCGUUCUUCAAAGGUGUAAAUUGGGCUCUUGUGCGCUGCAUGGAUCCACCUGAGCUUGAAGUUCCUCUCUUUGCCGCUGAAGCUUCCAACGAAGAUAAACUUCAAGACUUGCAGGCGAAUGUUUUCUGAUACUGG